CCAGGUCGAUAAUACAGAACCUAAAAAAAUGGAGCUUCCUCUGCUGCCUUUUCUCUUCUUCUCCCUCUCAGGAGUCAUCGUCUUCUUCCUCUUCUCCUCCUUCAGUCACUCCAAGCUCCCUCCUGGCCCGCCGGCAGCUCCUAUAAUCGGAAACCUAUUCUGGUUCCGCCGGUCUUUCAAUCUCCAACAUCUAGACUCCCUACUCCACGAUCUUCGAGCCCGAUACGGCCCCAUCGUCACCCUUCGCAUCGGUUCCGUUCCGGUAAUCUUUGUCACCGAUGCUUCUCUUGCCCACAAGGCUCUUAUCGAGCAUGGAGCCACUUUCUCAGGUCGCCCCACGCCUCUCCCAGCCGCUCGCUUCCUCUCAAGCAACCAACACAUCAUAUCCGCCGCCUCCUACGGUCCUAUUUGGCGGCUUCUUCGCCGGAAUCUUGUUUCCGAGACGCUCCACCCUUCUCGCAUUUCCCUAUUUGAAGACGGCCGCCGCUGGGCAUUUGAUCUCCUCUCUCAACGCCUCCGUGCCCAAUCGGAAACCGGCGACGGGAUUGUCGUCCCUAGGGAUAGCUUCCAGUACGCCAUGUUCUGCCUUGUAGUACUGAUGUGCUUCGGAGAGAAGUUUGACGAGAAGGUUAUCAGAGAAAUCGAAAUCGCCCAGAGAAAUUACCUUCUCCAUGCCGGUAAGCUCACUUUUCUACUUUUUGUCCCGGCGAUCGCCGGCUAUUUCUUUCGUAAAAAGUUGGGGAUUGCUAUGGAGCUUCGCCGGAAGCAGAAAGAGGUAUUUGCCCCAUUGAUUAAAGCUCGCAGAGAGCGCAGGAAGGAAAUUACGGAGGGGGAUGGGAAACCAGUUUUUUCAUACGUGGACUCCCUGCUGGAGAUCCAGCUGCCUGAAGAUGGCGGCAGGUUUCUUAACGAAGACGAAUUGGUAGCGCUCUGUUCAGAGUUUCUGAGCGCGGGAACCGAUACGACGGCGACGUCUCUUCAGUGGAUCAUGGCGGAGCUAGUGAAGAAUCAGCAGAUCCAGCUUGAGCUAUGGGAAGAGAUCAAAAACUGGGAAGGAAGUUCUGAGGAUCUGCAGAAGCUUCCUUUUCUAAAUGCGGUGAUAAUGGAAGGGCUGCGUCUUCAUCCUCCCGGCCAUCUCCUUCUUCCUCACGCUGUAACAGAAGAUAUCAAAUUUGAAGGGUAUUUGAUACCCAAGAACUCGUCGAUUAAUUUCAGCAUUGCGGAGAUGGCUUUGGAUGAGAAGAUUUGGAAAGAAGCCAUGGAAUUCAAGCCAGAAAGGUUUAUGGAGGGAGGAUCAGCUGCAAGAAUGGAUAUAACUGGAAACAGAGAGAUCAAAAUGAUGCCUUUUGGAGCAGGGAGGAGGAUCUGUCCUGGGCUUGGAUUGGCCAUCUUUCAUCUGGAAUUCUUUGCGGCUAAUCUUGUGAGGGAAUUCGAGUGGAGAAACGUGGAAGGGGAGGAGAUUGAUCUUUCUGAGAAGACUGAAUUCACUGUUGUGAUGAAGAAUUCUCUGCGAGCUCGAUUGGUUCCUCGAAAGAGAAUCAGAGCUAUGUGAAGAUAAAAUCAGGUUAAGUUUAAAUAUGGUGAGUAAUAAGGGAGAAAAUAUUACAUCCGAAUGAAUCGCACCAUACUGUGCAUUAUACUGUGCAUUUGGCGGUGUCAUACGAUUCACAACGCUGUCAGUUUGUAACAUAAUCUUUUCUCAUAAUAAGAGGCAUUUACAUGCAUGCCAAUAUGCCAUACAAUUUUUAC